GUGUCGAGUUGCUGUCGUACGAAGGCGCUGGUGAUAUGGUGCAAUCGAGCGUGUUCUGAAGCGCUAGGUCUUGUUUCUGCCGUUGAAAUUUAUUGUUCAGUGUGUGAUAGAAGAUACAAGCGUACGCGUAGUGUGUCCGUGUCCGUCUAUUAUUUAGUUAGCUGUCGAAACGAAACGAGCUAUGAUCGGAGGGGAGGGUAAUUAGUGGGCCUGGCGCCACUUCCGCGGUGUGGGGGGACACUUGUUUGAUUCACAGUGUGAGAGUGAGUGAGUGAGUGUGACGAGUUUGGAAGAGGUGUGCGCACUUCUACUCAAGUUAGUGUUGAGCGCAUGCGCUGUGUGACGUCACGUAUCAGCUGGUCAGUAGUUGAGAGAACUGCGUCGCUUGAAAAUACAGCGUAGAAGUAGAAGGCCACAAGCCGUCGUGCUAGGUUUAUCAUCUUGUAGUGGUCCGACUGUUCAGCCAGGGUCGUCCUGUUUUUAAGACGCAGUUACGUUUUGAAACUGAGACUUGGAUUUUCAACUGUGCAGCGAGCGAAUAAUUUCGACAGUAGUUUUUCGUGACAGUUUUAGACCAUCAGUGGCUGUUGGUCAUCUCUUCACGGCGUGCGGUGUUUCAGCAUAAAGCACGUGGUUUACUGUUGUACUUAAUGUUAUAGUUUUAUCAUAGUUAACUUCGGAUAUGAUUCGUCACUCGUUGUCCGCCUCAACACGCAUCAGCGUGAGAUUCAACAACACUGACUGCUAUCGUGUAGUGUCCAAUUGACGACCCCAAAGUUUAGUCGAAAUAGAACAAUUUAGCUGUGAACAAUCGCCGAUACUAGAUAGUUAUUUAUUGAAUUUUCCAAUCAUCACACGAUCGUGUUCUAGUUUUGUAAUCAUCAUUCGAUCUUGUUUGAACAUUGAAAAACAUUAUUGGUGCUGUGCUUGUUAUCAUCAGAGAGAUGUCCGAGUGAGAGGAUUGAUAAGUUUGCAGACUUGGAAGUAAUCUUGUGAUAGGUUUUUGGUGUUGAAAUGAUGGAACCGUUGACCGACCUGGGCUUCGAGCCCCAACAGCGUGCCAGAUCAAACACUUGGCCCCUUCCACGACCCGAUGACGUACCCGGGGCAGAGACAGGGGGCGCCCCGGGACUGAUGGGGGCCGUUGUGCCCCCUGCAGCUGCUGCAGCCCAACUCAAGAAGAACUCGAGUCGUCGCAACGCGUGGGGCAAUCUGUCCUACGCUGACCUCAUCACUCAGGCGAUCGCGUCCGCGCCCGACAAACGACUCACCUUGUCGCAGAUCUACGAGUGGAUGGUGCAGAAUGUGCCCUAUUUCAAGGACAAGGGCGAUAGCAAUAGCUCUGCUGGAUGGAAGAACUCGAUCAGACACAACCUAUCGCUGCACAACCGGUUCAUGCGCGUACAGAACGAGGGCACGGGGAAGUCGUCGUGGUGGAUGAUCAACCCGGACGCCAAGCCGGGCAAAUCAGCUCGCCGUCGAGCCACCUCCAUGGAGACGUCCAAGUUCGAGAAGCGGCGAGGCCGAGUCAAGAAGAAGGUGGAGGCGCUGAGGAACGGACUCGACGCGACUCCUAGUCCCAGUUCAUCCAUUUCCGAGAGCCUUGAUCUGUUCCCUGAAUCGCCGCUGCCUGGCUUCCAACUAAGUCCCGACUUCCGACCCCGAGCGUCGUCGAACGCAUCGAGCUGCGGACGCCUGUCGCCGAUUCCGGCCGUCGAGACGGACUGGACGUCCUACAGCUACAACCCGGAACAACUGGCCGGCAGUCUCGAACAAACGAUGCGCCUGGGGGUUCCCGCCACCGAGGCCUCCGUUGCGCCACCCCAGUUCAUGUACCCCACACCGCCCCCCUAUCACCAGCCCCCCUACCAUUCCUACACCCCCCAGCAGCCCCCGCCCCACCACUGUCCAAUACACAACACCAGUCCACAGCAGCCCUGCGCCUGUAACCACCAAACCACUCCCAAACAGAGCAUCUCACCGUCGUACCCGCAGUCACCGAGCCCCAGUCCGCCGGCAACAACGGUGAUGGGUCAGCUGAUGGGCGCCCUCAACCCGUCCCUUAUCGACGACCUCAACCUCAACAUAGAGACGUUCGACGGAUUCGACUGCAACGUCGACGAGGUCAUCAAGCACGAGCUCAGCAUGGAGGGCAGCCUCGACUUCAACUUCACGCAGCAGCUGCAGCUGCAACAACAGCAACAACAGCUGCAACUGCAACAACAGCAGGAUCCGGCCACCGCUAGCCAGCCGCCUGUCUACUCCGGCCAGUCCUGGGUUCAUUAGCGGUACGUCAAUGGUAAUCGAACACUACGUGGAAUCAAUUGCAAGGAUUUCAAUUAUUACUCCGGUUAUCCAAAUCGUUUUGGAAGACCAUAAUGCUCAGAAAAUUUUAACAGUCGAUAUCGUUUUCACACUGGUUGAUUGCAAUGAUCACUAUCAUAUUGAUACGUGAGAAGAACUAUUUUUGUAUGGCUAUGGCCAAAGAAGUGACUCUUGAUAGAGCAAAAAACCUAAAUUGAAUUAAACCAACAUAAGCACCUGGUUAUUGUGGCUUAUUGAAGAUAAUAAUUUAUGGUUUAAUGAAUUUCAGUGAGUGUUGUUGAAGGGCCAUGGAACUGUUCCUACUCCAUACAUGAUCUUACCCUAGAGGAGCUAUUCGAUAAAAUGGAAUAGUUCUUCUGUGACCUUACCCAGAACCUUAUUGGUUGUACUCUAUCACAAUGAUCUUCAAUCAUAAUACAUUGUUUAAAUCAUGCAUAUCUGUGAUGAUUCUAUUGAUAAACUGACUAAAAAUAGAUUUUCAUAAAAAUUUUAAAUUCAUCAAAAUGUAUUUUUUAACAAAAUUUCUCCAUAUCUAUUCGAAUAUUCAUGCAUUUUGUGCAUUAAUGGUACUCAUUAAUAGGUCUACACUAUAAAAACCGUGGAUAAUAUUGAAAUCACUACUGAAUUAUUUUAAUUCAGGAACUACCUCAAGGAACAGUAGUACUAGUUUUGUUGUACGGUACCGUGCCUAAAUUGUCAAAAAUGAUUUAUAUUUGAAAAAUUAGUAAUGUGUAGACUUUUCUUUAUUUGUAUUUGUUUGGGAAUUAGAAAAAAUAGCGUUAGUUUAUGAAAUUUUCCAAACAUUAAACUCAGAUUCCACGUUUGUAAUGGUGCAAAUUAUUGGACAGAAACUUCUAGUCAAUGUCAAUCUUGUAAAAACUGAUGCUAUACUAUCAAAUUAACACUCAAUUGGCAUAUGUAUUUUAUUUUGAUAAUUAAAACCAGUGCUUCUAAACCAUUGAUAAGGGUAUCAUCAUUUCAAAAUUAUUGGUGUAUUUUAAAUAAUAAUUUUGAUAUUUUGUAUCAAUCAUUGCUGUCUUUAUUCUAGGCUGUUGAUGGAAAAAGUUGUUUAUGUUUAAACUCAACUGUAACUAUAGAGAAAAGAAUACUACUAUUUGAUUAUUUUGUCUCAGCUCCAACUUACUUUGCUGAUCUAAUCGUCUAUUGAUUGCCUAAGCACAUACGCAUUAGAUUUAAAAAAUAUUGUACCAAUAGACGUUUUACAGAAAAAAUUAAGUUGAUAAAAUGUGUUGUAAAUAAGUACCUGGAUAUAUUUUUCGAUAGAAAGUGGGCAGUAUUCUCCAUUGUACUCACAUACAUCACUAUGUCUAAGUCUAUGAUCUUUAUUUUAGUACAAACCGACUACUCGUUGUGUAUAUGUAUAUUUUAUAAAGGAAUAAUUUAACAGGAAUUAGUUAUGUUAAUGGAACUGUGUUGUAAUUCAUGGUCAAAGAACUCCAAUUUCAUAACACAUUUGACUGAGGUCAUAGUGAAAUUGAUUUUCUUUACUUAUUGAACGAAUAGAACCACGAUGCAACCACUUUCAAAAAAAUCUUUUGGUGGGAUUCUAUUGGUUAAACUUUCUUGUAGUUGAGCUUCUAUAAGUGUACAAGAAAAGCAUGGCACCCUGUUGGAGCUUUUUACUACUGAUGUUUCAAUUGAAGACGAAUUUCAUUUUAAUCAUUAACUGUGAUGUUUAGGAUUCGUGAUAAUUAUAUAAAUUUAGAAAGGUAACCCAUUGAUGUUCUAGUAAUAAUGUUGAUGUUAACAACUAAAAGAAAAUACUAUAUCAUCGAUGACAGAUGGUAGAUGUUAAUAAUAAUUAUUCUUUGAUACGUAAGUAGAAGACUUGAUGUUAUGCUGUUGAAUGUAAGAAACGAUUUGUCUGUAGUAGGAAAAUUGAUUUGGAUAUCUCAGUAGGAGCCGCUCAAUAGAUACAAAGCUUACCUCUAAGGAAUCUUAUUGUAUUAGUAUUGAGAUGGUACCUUUUCAUGAUUUACUAAAUGAUUGAUUUAAUUCUAUAUAGAUUGACAAAAUCUAUAUAAUAUUUGUACAAACUCAAUUUAUUUAUAUCGAUUUAAUACAGUGUUCACUCGAAUAAUCUAUUAGAAGUUAAUGUCAAUGUGCCAAAUGCCUCUAAAUGUAGCAUGUGGUUGUGGAUGGCUUAAAUUUCCCAAAUCCAUUCCGGUUAGAGUUUUGCUUCCUAAAUGUUGCUUAUGAAGAUAUAGAAUUGAUCAAUAGUCGAUUUUAGGGUGUACAAAAAGUCAGUUGUAAUUGAAUGGAUGUAUCGUAUUCAUAUCAUUAAUCAACCUAUCUUUUGAUAAGAAAUUAUUCGCCUAGAUGCUCUGAUGAAGGAUUACAUUUGACUGAAAUGUUUUGCAUUUGAAUGAACAAUUGAGAAAUUCAAAAAGAAGUGAAUAGAUAAGGCAAUUACUAUUCGAUAUUUGCAUGGUAUGGAAAUACCAUAGAUCUCCCAGUAUAUUGCUAUUAAUGGAGAUGAUAUAAAAGGUCCAUUCUAAUCUUGGAAAUCAUUUUACUCCAAUGGAAACUGAGAUUCCAAUUCAAAGUUCGAUAAGUAUAUAAAUGUCUUCCUCUCGAUUUUGUUUUGACAAUCCAAGCUCUUGUCAUGUCUGAUAGUUCUUUAUCAAUUGGUGAAGUCAUAUUUCCAGACAUGAUAGAAUAAUUAUUCUUGGUAUAUUGUAGUCUAUUCAAUUUUUUUAAAUCCUUGUAGGAGAAAUUUGAAAAUUGGAUGAAUAUAAUGAAUUUACUCAUUAAAGAAGGCAAUGUUUUCCAUGCUUAUAUAGAAUUCUCUUAUAAAUUUCUAAAUUGAUUGUCACUAAAAUAGUAGUAGCGGGGCUAAAUCUUUGUUCAAUAUUUGAAAAUAUUCUUCCAGUUUUUACAUUGAACAUGGACAAAAGAAGGAAUUCAACUGAGAAAAUGUUUUUGGUUUGAAAAAUCAUAAUACUCGAAUUUUGAGAAUGUAAUCCUUCAGUAAACAGCUUCAAACAUAACAGUACAAAAAUCAUGAUCGAUACAUGAAUGCCUUUCCAUUAAUGAAAGUUAUAAUGUGAGUUGAUUUUCUAUCUAGAUGUCUUUGCGUAUUGGAGUCAGCCAGGGAAAUUUGUAACCCAUGACAGAAGAUGAUUUUAAUAUGCUUUUCAAUGUUUGAUGUUGAGUAGAUUUCUCCUAGGAGUUUCUAAAUGACAAGAAUUUCAAACCUUUCAGCCUGUAAAUUAAUAUGAAAGCCUGCGUUGUCUAUAUUAGAAUUGAUAUUCACUGCCUAAAAUUGAUGUGCAGCCUAUUUGAAAAGUGGAUAGAGAAGCUUCAUCUGUGUAAACGUAUUUUCAAUAGUUCAUACAUUAUAUUUAUUGGCAGCAGAUUGUUAUUUACUACAAUUGUAAAAUAAUUACUACUUAUGAUUUGGUUCUAUAGAGGUUGGUGUUCACAAUAGAUGAAAAUAUUUGUCAUAUCUUGACGUUGAAUUUGAAAAAAUGCCAAAAUUGAUAAUGUAAUUUUAAAUUAGUCUGUUGUUUAGAAAUGCCUGAAUGUUUAAAUAUAGUCUUGUUCUGAUUAGGAGAUUCAAGUUAUUGAGUAGUUGUAUAUUACUGUAUCUAGAUUUUAUUCGUUAGAAGUUAACUUUGAUGAAUUUGUUUGUCAAAAUGUAUGAUUAUUCAAUCGUCAUUAUUUUCUUUUUAAGAGUUAUGUAUAAAGAUUUUCUAUUGCUGUAUUCUUUUGUUGAAUGAAAUUAUUGAUUAUUUCUAGUAAAUACCAGUCCAUAGCUC